CGACCGGCUAGGAUCGCCGCCGCGAGUUUGAAGCGCCUCAUCACCCACCGCUGCACCACCACCUCUAUCUCGAGAGCGACUCGGAUGUGGGAGACGACGGAGUGACCAAAGAAAGGGCUCGGACCCCUCCCGCCCCUGAAGCCAUGCCUCAUGGAAGCCAUGGCAAACGCAAACGUGAAGCUGAGAGAGACUGCGCUGCGCGUACGUGCAUGUCACAGAUCCCAUCCAACCCAAAUUUUUCCAAUUUGGCCCAAAAAGUCAAUUCCAUUAUCCAUUAACCGCUCGGGCACACCUGCGUACAAUCCGGCCGCUUCCUUUUUUUUUGCUGCUCGUGGGCUUCUGUCACAAUGUAUAUAAGGCCGUGAGCCUCGCUCUGGCGCUUUUGUUCACGUAAGUAUCACUAUACGACGACAAGCCAAGAUGCAGAAGGAAUUAACAGGAAUCGAACUGGAACGGGAUGCCAGCGCUAACCGCACUUCCGCUGUCGAGCGGACGAGUACUGACGAGGACCGGCCUAGGGGCCCCGUCUCCAAGGCAUGGAGACUCCUUCGAUCACUCAACAUGUUGUGGUGGAUCUUCUUUUGCAGCGUGUUAGGUAUCAUAUUCGGUCUCACCGCCAAGGACUUUUCCAAGGACUAUUUGGGUCUCUUGUCGACGGCCAUCUUCCUGCCUAUGCUGAAGACCCUCAUUGUACCUCUGAUUUUCUCCCUACUUGUCGUCGGUAUCGCUGGUCACACCGAUGACAUUGGAAGAGUUGGCCGUCUGGGAGCACGAGCCCUCAGUUACUUCAUCGGGAUGACUGUCCUAGCGCUUUUCGUCGGCUUGAUCUUCAGCAACGUCGUGAAGCCGGGAGAAGGCACGGACCUCAAAUUGGGCGCCAAGCCCAACAACACCGAGGCUCCGUUGUCUCUUCAGAAAGAGUUGAACCAGAUCAUCACCUCAAACUUCGUUGACUCGGCUCUAAACAACAGGUCCCUUCAAGUCGUUUUCUGCGCUAUCAUCUUUGCGUGGGCGACCAUGUUGGUGGAGAACAAGGAGUACAAGAAGAACAUUGUCGGAUUCUUCCAUGGACUUGCUGCCGUUAUGUUGCAAGUAGUAAACCUUGUUAUGCGGUUCACACCACUGGCAAUUGGAGGUUCAUUGGCAAAGACCGUCGCAUCGAACGGCAUCGGCGUUCUCGGUGUCCUCGGCAAGCUGAUCGGGACGGUCUACGCAGGGCUUUUCACUUUUAUUCUUUUGGUCUUCCUGCCCGUGAUGCUUGUUGCUCGUGUUCCCAUCAGGCCUUUCCUCAAGUCCGUCCGCGAACCCCUCAUCAUCGCCUUUACCACCGCGUCCUCGGAUGCUGCCCUCGGUAUCGCCUUGAAGAACAUGAUUCGCCUUGGAGUUCCAACUGAAGUUGUUUCAUUCGUGCUUCCUCUCGGCUACGCCUUCAACCUGGACGGAACUACCCUGUACCUGGGAGCUGCGCUCAUGUUCAUCGCGCAAGUUGACGGCCGGUCAUGGGGUGCUGGGGAACAGAUCGUGAAAAUGCUCCAGAUCCUGCUCAUGAGCAAGGGUAUUGCCGGAGUUCCGCGUGCGUCACUCGUGAUCUUGCUGUCUGCCUGCGAGAGUUUCGGCUUGCGUAGCGAAAUCAUCCCCGUCAUUCUCGGUGUCGAUGAAAUUUGCGACAUGGCCCGUACAGGUGUCAAUCUUCUCGGAAACUGCCUUGCUUGUGUCGUAAUGGCUCGGUGGGAAGGUACCUUCGAGCUUUACCACGACGAUAGUAACGAUAAGGACGCUGACGAGAGCCUGGACACGCUUGACCGCCCUCGUGAGACCCUGGUGAUUCACGAUGUGGAAAAGACCGCAUAAUCGGUUUCCGCGAAACAUCAAGAGAGUUUUUGUUUGCAUAAGUACCUGACCCGUCCAAAGCAACGGCUAGACCGGAAUGGAACUCUCUUCGUCGACACGUUGGGACGGGACCCGGCUUUCCACGGUGUUUAGUUUACACACCGCGGGGUUUGAAGGCUGCUGGCCAGUCGUAUGAAACAUAGUAUAGAUUAGGAAGACUUUCUUUUGUCCAUUCCUUAAUGAGAUGCGGCGUAUUG